UCAUUUGUGUGUAUAAGACCUCUUCAUUGUUGAAAAAUUUUGUCAAAAACUAUGGCUGGAAAACCAUUCAACUUCAAAUUUUUUCUCUUCAUGCAAAAAGUCCUGUUCACCAGAACUUGGAAUAAAAUAUACAUUCAGAGAAAAGCUAGCAGCAGCCCGCAUGCAUCCCAACCCCAUUUCAACAAAUACCCUUUCCUUGGAAAAGGACAAGGAACACUUUUAAACAAAGCAUUGAUGUUUCAUAUGGAGGGGGCACUGUUGAAAUCUUCUUCAGUCUUCCCUUACUUCUUGCUCGUAGCCUUUGAAGCUGGAGGGCCAUUAAGAGCUUUCACCCUGCUUCUUUUGUACCCUAUCAUUUGUUUGGUCGGUAAAGAAUGGGGGCUAAAGAUUAUGGUGUUUAUUUGCUUUGUGGGAUUGAAGGAAGCAAGUUUUAGUGUUGGGAGAACGGUGUUGCCCAAGUUCUUGUUAGAGGAUGUUGGGAAUGAAGGCUUUGAUAUGGUGAUGAAAUGCGGUGGCACAAAAAUAGCAGUCACCGAUAUGCCUAGAGUUAUGGUGGAUUGCUUCUUGACAGACUAUUUGAGGAUUGAGUAUGUUAUAGGCAGAGAGUUGAAGGUGGUUUGUGGGCAUUUUAUAGGCUUGAUGGAGGACAAAAAGACAAGCAGUGGUUCCAUGGAACUUGAAAAGGUUCCUAGGGAAGGGAAAAUGGAUUCACCUGUUAUUGGCAUAAGUUGCUUCAACAACUCUCUUCAUCACCAACUCUUUUCUUGUUGUGAGGUUGUUUACAUGGUAAGUGAAGCUGACAAGAAGAAUUGGCAAACGCUUCCUAGGGAGAAAUAUCCAAGACCAUUGAUUUUCCAUGAUGGAAGACUAGCCUUAAGGCCAACACCUAUUGCUACUUUGUUCAUCUUCAUGUGGAUUCCCUUUGGGAUUUUUCUACUCCUUGUUAGAGCCACAGUCUUCUUCCUGUUACCAUACAAGUUGUCUAUACUAUUUUUACACUUCACAGGUUUGAGAGGCACCUUAAUUAUCCCCGACGACUGCCGUGUCUCAAAUGAGUUAAAACAAUUAAGUAAAGAAGGUGGUCUGCUCUAUGUAUGCAACCACAGAACUCUGCUCGAUCCGGUCUACCUUUCAAUGGGUCUAGUUCAAGUUCGACCUCCGAGUCUCAGCCUAGCUGUAGUCACAUACAGUUUAAGUCGGGUUACGGAGCUGUUUGCGCCGAUUAGGACAGUGCGAUUAAUAAGAAACAGGGAGAAAGACUCAAAGAUGAUAGAAAAACAACUACAACAAGGUCAUCUAGUUAUUUGUCCUGAAGGAACCACAUGCAGGGAACCAUAUUUACUGAGGUUUAGUCCUUUAUUCGCAGAGAAAACCGACCACAUAGUUCCGGUUGCCAUAGAUUUCCAUGUGAGCAUGUUCUACGGAACAACGGCCGGCGGGUAUAAAUCUUUAGACCCCGUGUUCUUGCUCAUGAACCCAACAUCUCACUGCUCUCUUGCUAUUCUAGAGAAGCUACCGAGAUCAUACACAUGUAAAGGAGGGAAAUCAAAGUUUGAGGUAGCCAAUCAUGUGCAGGCACUGAUUGGGAAAGCCUUGAAUUUUGAGUGUACAUCUUUAACAAGAAAGGAUAAGUACAUGAUAUUGGCAGGUAAUGAAGGAAUAGUGUAGCUCUAGUAUAUACGAUCAGGCCAUGAAUAUACCAUUACCAUAAACUCAAAACAAAAGUUUGCUGCUUCAUUAGUGUGUGUGUUGAGUAUUGUAGGAAAGAGACAUGGGAGCAUUGGGGUGGUUGGGGAAUUUAAUAUAGCUGAUGAUCUGUAAUUUGGUUUUCUGUCUAUUACGGAAACAUGAUUAUGAUAAAUAUAAAAAAAAAAAAAUUCUAAACCAUGAA